CUUCAAAUGCGCGCAGCGGAUGAGAUAUAGAGACGCACUGUGGAGAGAGAGGAAAAAAGUUGUUAGCAAGGAGAGGCAGGACGACUCCCGGAGCCCCUGCAGUCUCACUUUUUAUGCCUCUAAAAGACUCGCCCUGCUACCUUUCGCGCUGCAACGCAUGUUUUAUGUGUCAGAAGGACAGAUUCUACGUCUUUAUUUUAGUAACUUAAGUUGAAAGAUCCCCCUUCCGCCCCAAAACCAUGGAGCUGCUCUGCCUCGAAAUGGACACCAACAUACGAGCUCGUCCCGAUCCGAACCUCCUGCGUGAUGACAGAGUUCUGCAGAGAUUGUUAACUAUCGAGGAGAGGUUUUUGCCCCAGUAUUCUUAUUUCAAAUGCGUCCAGAAAGACAUUCAGCCCUUUAUGAGGAGGAUGGUCGCUACGUGGAUGUUGGAGGUCUGCGAGGAGCAGAAGUGCGAGGAAGAAGUUUUUCCUUUGGCCAUGAACUACUUGGACAGAUUUUUAGCAAUGGUACCAAUCAAAAAGUGUAACCUGCAGCUGCUGGGAGCAGUUUGCAUGUUUCUUGCUUCCAAGUUGAAAGAGACUCGUCCAUUAACUGCAGAGAAGCUUUGCAUCUACACAGACAACUCCAUUAGACCACAAGAGCUGCUGGAAUGGGAACUGGUGGUUUUGGGGAAGUUGAAGUGGAACUUGGCCGCAGUAACGCCAAACGACUUCAUUGAGCACAUUGUGAGGAGGCUGCCACUGCCUGAGGAUAAGCUGGCACUUAUACGGAAGCAUGUCCAGACCUUCAUUGCCCUUUGUGCCACAGAUUUCCGAUUCGCCAUGUACCCUCCCUCCAUGAUUGCCACAGGAAGUGUGGGGGCUGCAAUCUGUGGCCUGCAGCUGGAUUCAGCUGACCACUCACAGUGGGGGGACAGUCUGACGGACCUGCUGGCCAAAAUCACCAACACAGAAGUGGAUGUUUUAAAGGAGUGCCAGGAGCAGAUCGAGCGCGUUCUGGAGAGCAGCCUCCGUGAAGGACGGCAGCAGCAACAGCAGCAGCAGCAAACUCAGAGAGGUCCCAGUGGGAAAGGCCUGGAUGAGCUGGACCAGUCCUCCACCCCAACAGAUGUCCGUGAUGUCAACUUGUGAAGCACCAAAGGGCACCGUUGCACAGGAUUUACAAAAAUCUUUUUCAAAAGCAUCAUGAAAAAAAACCUUCAGUUUUCAUAAAAGCAGAAAAAAAGAAGAAAAGGACAAAAAAUCAUUAAAAACAUAAGCCCUUUAAAAGAAAUACAAGGACAAUGCUUGCUAGUUUUUGUAGAUAAUCUGUUCUUCAAGUAAAAAACUAAAACACCUGCACAUGAAAUAGAUUUUCUAUGAUGCUCCAGUCUAAAAUCUGAUAAAGCUCUGUGGUGCCUUGGAUAUACAGAAGGGAAGCCAAUCAUGUUUGUGUAGCAUGACCUUAGAGUUAAGGAGCUGCAUACACAGAAUAACAGCAGGGCUUAUGUUAAUUUUUUCUCUUUAUAUUUUCAAAGAUUAUUAUCACAGUUGCAUUUGCGUCUGGUGUGAGAAAGGACAUGUCCUCUGUCAGACAACGUCCACCUUUGUGGACAGUGAGAGGAAGACAGAAGAACUUUGUAGAAAAGUUGGAAGGUCCCAUUUCCCGGCAACCGCUGAAAUGAUAACAAUUAUUAGUGGUAUUAGUUUUUAUAAUGAUAUUAGUUUUUAUAAUUAUUAAUACUACAAUUAGAAAUAUUUUGGAACGUCAUAGUGGAUCAAUAAGCUCCUUUGGUCAGGCUGCUUUUAUGCAUCAGUUUGUAGAUGCAGUGUGUGUGUGUGUGUCUGUAUGUUUGUACAUGUGUGUGAAUGUGUGUGUGUGUGCAUAUAAAUCUCUGUCUACAUAAGCAGUCUGCAGCAUGAGGCACUUACAGUUCUGUGUGCAAAAGGCAAGACAGAGCGAGUCGAGGCUGUGCCUGCUUCGUCAGUCCUUAUAACAGGGCAUGUAUGCUAAGUCACUGCCUUAAUGCAUUAACAGUGCAUCAUAUUUCAUUGUUAGUCACCUAAAAUAAAAGGGUGGACAAUGAGAUAAAGAAAGAUGUGGACAAAGGGACUUAGUUUUAGAGUCCAUAUCUAUCUCAUGAGCACUUCACCUCAGACUCAGAGAUAAUGUAAGGUAUUUUAUUGCCAUUGACACGAUGAAAUACAACAGAUACUUUCUUCCUCUGGUUGCUGUGAGUGGAUAUUCCCUCACUGCUGUGUGAGCAGUAAAAAUCUGUGUAUGGCAUGAUUGAACCACAUCUUAAAGAAGGCUUCAGGUCAAGACUUGAGAAGAAGCCUGAACAGUAAAGAAGUGACUGCGGUUGUGCAGAGAAGGUUAUGAUGGUGCAGGAGCUUGCUGCUGUGGAGGAGAUGAUGUUAAAACAAGCCUCAAUAUGAAACUUCAACGUUUGGCUUUGAGGUAGUAAUGGAUGUUUAAAAUGACAUUAGUGGUUGAACAACAAAUGUUCUAGGUUUUCAUGUAUCGGGAGAGUGAGGAACUCAGACUGUUAGCAGAUGUAAUGAGGGGGUGGGGGGUAUGGCAUGAUAAUAAACUUUAAUGCUUCUGAUAGGGUUCAGUCCAGCUCCCUUUUAUAAUUUCAAUGGCAAAGCACUUUGAGAAUUAGCUCCCCAGGAGAUGAGUCGAAUAAGACAACCUUUGGGUUGGAUUGGAGGUAAAUGGAUCUUUUAUUCCUUUUCUUUGGUUUACUUCAUAGGGCUGGUUUCCCAAACCUCAGACAGAACAUUUUGUCGAAAGAGAGUUGGAUUUCAAACACAGUUUUACGUAAUUUAGGGGACAUUCCUGUUUUAAAAAACAUUCCUGAUCCAAUAAUUUCUCUGAUAAUUUUUUUUUUUGGGGGGGGGGGGUAAUUAUUCAUUCAAACAGAGAUCCGAUCCGUGACUUUUUUUUUUUUUUUUUACUUGAAUUAGUUUUUUUCAUUUCAUUUCAUUCAUCUGCAUCACGGCCCACGAGGAAGCUACAUAAUCGGGUGGUUUUAAGAUCCCAGCCAACAUUACAUAUGGGUCCCAGAUAGGGAGGAAAGGGUCUAGCAAUGGGCCCUAGAGGAAAUUUCCAGGGCUUAAACAAUGGCCAAAGGUUAAUGCCGGUGCAGAUUUAAUGCACGACAGUUGUGGGCAAAAAGUGAGACCCAUGUGGAUCUUUAAUGUGUCGUAGGAUUAGAGCUGAUUUUAUUGAUUUUUUUUUUUAGACCUAAUUUAAGCCCCAGCUGGAUUUGUCAUGGGAUGUAUUCAGUUGAUCCAAGUAGGGUCAAAGCCCAUUUUGAACUCAGGUCCACUUAGUACCUGCCUAGCCCAAGCCAAGCCCCUGUGGGGCCCACAUACAGGUAUUGGCUGGGAUCCAGUAUUUGCACGUUUGUCAAAGGGCAGUGAUUCCUGCAACGUUAACACCACCCAGCCUUCGUUCAGAAGAAGCACCCAAACCUUUGCGUGUCACUUGAGCCUGUGAACACACUGGGCCCCCAUGUGAGCUUCAUUGCUUUAAAUCCACAGCAGAAGUGGGUCAUUGUCAGCCGUACUGGGCACAGUGCAGAGGCAUGAUCCGGCCACAGCAAGCUGUCUUUCAGUUAAUGUUUGAUUUUAUUUCUCAUGACAGUAUGUGAUGUUGCUGAGUGUAUGUUUAUCAGUCUGAAGACAGAAUGUGGUGACCUGAUGAGUUUCAGUGAAACUGAGCUUCCCCAACACCCCACCCUGUUCCUGGUGUGGCCCCAUCAUUCCGCCUCUGUUCGCCUGAUGUAAACUCUUCUCAACUUUGUUGUGAUUUUUUUAUCUUUUCUGCAGAUUUAUUGUUGCAUGUGUUAUGUGUUGACACCACCGUUCAGUUCGUGUUUGAUAUGUUUUUUGGGGGGUUAUCAGACCCACUGUAGGGGUUUUUCUAUGAUUUAGAGAUACUGUAUUCCAAAGUGAAGAGAAGUCCGAGGAGGUGUGAAGAAAUCAACAAAAAAAGUGUCAAUAUUUUAUUGUCUUUUUGCGCUGCUAAGAGCUAUGAAUUUGUUUCAUUUAUACAAAAAAUAACAUUACCUAGUCGUGAUGUGUCACAUGUGUGCUGCUAUUUUAUAAACAUUUGUAUUAUAAUAUAAUUAUUUUACUGCUUAAGAGAUACAUCCAGAAACAAAGUAGAUGGUUUUAGAAGAACGUGAAAUGAGUAUUUGACUGGAAAUGUUCCUUGUACAGUUAGAUAGCACGUUUCAUUUCCCCUGUUUUGUUAUCUAUUUUGCUCUCCUGAAUCUGUCACAUUCUGCAUCAGUUCUAUUUCCUAUACCUCAGGAUUACUGGACAAAAUAAAACACAAAUCCAUUGCAUAUACCUCUGCAGCAAGGAAGCCUGAAAUGGAGGAGCAGGAAUACUUUGGGAUGUGUGGGGGAAAAUAGCAUGAUUCCUAUUCUUUUAAUGGGGCAACAACUUCCUCAGCAAGAUGGGAAACAGGAAAUAUGCAAGGCUUCCACUUGGACUCAAACCACACUGGGGGGGGUGGUGGGGGCAUAACUUUUUGAUAGAUCAUGCAUGUUCAUUUUUGUCCGUGUUGGUGCUACACCUGACUUGUUAUGUGCUACAGAAGGGGAACGGCAUUCCUCAGAAUGGCCAAAGUGCAGUUUUUGCUUUACAUGUCCAUGAUCCGAUGAAUGUCAUAAAUAAAUAUGGAUUCUGUAUGUGAAAAUGUUUUGUUUUGGUCCAGAAGAAUGUGUUUUGCACCACUGGAACAGCCCCACCUGUCAUGUCACGUUCUGUCAUAAAUAUUCAGAUAUUUGUAAGUUUGAAAGGUGUAGAUUUCCCCUGGAGUCCCUCCACUGUUAUAACUCCUAUUAUGUACCUCAGAUGUCUGUUGCACAAAUUCUGUUCAAUAAACUUCUGCUUUAAAGGGUGUGACACCACAUCAGCUCA